AUGUAUCACGAGAAGGAACAUACCAAGGAUUACAUACUUACGCUGUUACUAUUGGCUUUAACUUUAUUAUUAGUAAGCAGUAUAGUUGAAAACGGAGCUGGAACAGGGUGAACUGUCUACCCUCCGCUAUCUUCAGGUAUUGCCCACGGAGGAGCCUCAGUAGAUUUAGCAAUUUUUUCUUUACAUUUAGCAGGGAUUUCUUCUAUUUUAGGUGCCGUAAAUUUUAUUACAACAGUAAUUAACAUACGAUCAACUGGAAUUACUCUUGACCGUAUGCCUUUAUUUGUGUGAUCUGUUGUAAUUACAGCUUUAUUACUACUGUUAUCAUUACCUGUCUUAGCCGGGGCUAUUACAAUAUUAUUAACAGACCGAAAUUUAAAUACUUCAUUUUUUGACCCCGCAGGAGGGGGAGACCCAAUUCUUUACCAACAUUUAUUUUGAUUUUUUGGGCACCCAGAAGUAUAUAUUUUGAUUUUACCAGGAUUUGGAAUAAUUUCUCAUAUUAUUAGUCAAGAAUCAGGUAAAAAGGAAACAUUUGGUUCUUUAGGAAUAAUUUAUGCUAUACUAGCAAUUGGUUUAUUAGGAUUUAUUGUAUGAGCUCACCAUAUAUUUACAGUUGGAAUAGAUGUAGACACACGAGCUUAUUUUACAUCAGCAACAAUAAUUAUUGCCGUACCUACCGGGAUUAAAAUUUUUAGUUGAUUAGCUACUCUUCACGGAACUCAACUUACAUAUUCCCCAGCUAUUUUAUGAGCAUUAGGAUUUGUAUUUUUAUUUACAGUUGGUGGAUUAACUGGAGUAGUUUUAGCUAAUUCUUCUGUUGAUAUUAUUUUACAUGACACUUAUUAUGUAGUAGCUCAUUUUCACUAUGUUUUAUCAAUAGGAGCAGUUUUCGCGAUUAUAGCAGGGUUUAUUCAUUGAUACCCAUUAUUUACAGGAUUAACUCUAAAUUCUAAAUGAUUAAAAAGUCAAUUUAUUAUUAUAUUUAUUGGUGUAAAUUUAACAUUUUUCCCUCAACAUUUUUUAGGAUUAGCAGGAAUGCCUCGACGAUACUCAGAUUACCCUGAUGCUUAUACAACAUGAAAUGUAAUUUCUACUAUUGGUUCAUCAAUUUCAUUAUUAGGAAUUUUAUUCUUUUUUUACAUUAUCUGGGAAAGUUUAGUAUCUCAACGCCAAGUUAUUUAUCCAAUUCAAUUAAAUUCAUCAAUUGAAUGAUACCAAAACACUCCCCCCGCUGAACACAGAUACUCUGAAUUACCUUUAUUAACUAAUUAAUUUA